AUGCAGCUGUCUCAGCAUGCCGUAGGUACCGAGGAUUCCCGUCCUCUCCAGUACAUUCGUGUCCGGGAUCCGCUCCUGUCAACUCGGCUUCGAUAUCCGCUGAACACAUCUGAAGUGAAGGUGACUUAGUCCCCGCGCCUGCUUCUUGUUCAUCGUCCAGGUUUCCGCUCCAUACAACAUCGUCGGCAGGAUGACCGCUUCGUAAAUCUCCAGUUUGGUGUUAGGGCGGAGACAGCGGCGAUUCCAGACUGUGCUUUACGGACGACCGAAGGCUUGGCUGACUUUGGAAAUCCGGCUGGCCACUUCGUCGUCGAUCUUGAUGGCGCGGGGGAGAUUGCUGCCCAAGUAGGUGAAACUGCUCACGACUUGCAGCUGGGCGCCUUUCACGGUGAUCUGCGGUGCGACGUAUGCAGCGUCGGACAGCGGUUGAUGCAUAACCACCGUUUUUUCCGUGUUUCUGACAAGGCCGAAAUUGUCGCAGGCGGCGUCGAAGAGAGGUUAAUGGACGGUCGUAGUGGAUACACGCGAUUUGACGUGCAUCCGUCGACGAUUGCGGAGGUUGCCGUCCGUCCCGUCACCCAUGCGGAUUCCAAGGUGUUUGUCAUGGUAGACGUCAAUCAGCAUGACAGAAAACAUGAAACUGAAGAGGGUGGGAGCGAGGACGCAGCCGUGCUUCACUCCGUUGGUCACUGCGAAUGCCUCAAAGACUACUCCAUUGUCCGUGACUCGCACUAUCAUGCCAUCAUGGAUCUGACGCACUAUCUGGGUGAAUCGCUCGAGGCAGCCGAACUUCUAAAUAAAUAG